CUGGGAUGGUGAUGGAUCGAGACACAAACAAGAUCACUUUGUGAUCCGGUCUGAACAUACUAAAAAAAUGGGAACAUUGUCUAAACCACAAAAUACCAACCAUCCCCUCUCCUGAGAAGUCAAAUGGCUGUUGCUCUUUUACAAUCACAUUUCUAGCUUUGCUCAAAUUUCCCUCUCUACAGAUAAGAUUUACUAAAAUACCAAUCAUAGAAUUAUUCCUGUUUCAUGACAGCAUGCAAUUCGGGAAAAAAAAUGUCAGUUUCUAUGAACUCACCCCAAAAUCUCCUGGCAUAAUGGAAAUCCUACAGUCAGGUCCCUCUGCAAGGGCCACAACUGCCAAACUAUGAAGGAUUGAGGGACUGAGCAAGGAACUCAGAAGCAGGUGGCCCCUCGAAAGGGUCAGAACAAAUCUCUUCAGCCUCUGCAACCUGGGGUGGGGCUAUGAGAAUUCUGGCCUGAAGGUGCCCUCCUCCUCCAUAUCUCCUCCUGUAGGGGCUGGGCCGUGCAGGUUCUGUGCCACCGUCAUUACGAGAUCAGUGUUUGGACUCCACGCCCUGUCCACCUAAAGGUCUGUUUAUUCACAGUACCCACAAAGAAGAGUUGGAGCAGUAGGUAAAGCUGCCCCUGCUCAGAAAGUCCUGGCUACCGCACCAUUUCACUGCUUCCACCAGCCCCACCGCAGACUCCUGAGAGGAGUAGUGUUCAGCUUGGUGAGGCUCUCCUGUCCUGCUCUGUGGGCCAGAAGUACAGCACAGAGGAGCUACGGACAGGCAGGUGGGUCAUGGAUGGGCGAAGCACCCAGUAGAGCAGCAGCCCAAUCUAUCUCCAUUUUUUAAUAAACAGAAUCUGAAUAACUAAAUCCAGGAAAGUCUGUUUUAUUCUUUUGUAUCCUUUCUAAAGUACAAAUAAAAGUCUUCACCACGAUGAAGAAAACACUUGGAUAGAUUCCCUUCUUUUCUUCCACAUUAGGCAACAUCCUGAGUAUCUCGAGUCCAGGGAGAUUCAUUUUCUGCACAUCACAUGACUACCUGAGCAAACAUCUUCUCAUGAUCUUCAACAUGAUGGAUCUUGUCCCACUGGUACCCCCACUUAGGCUUCAUAUGCUUGAAACAAGGACAGUCUCUUGGAACGUUUCAUUUCAAAAAUAGAUUUCAUGCCUUAAUUUCACAAAAAAAUUUACUGCCGUGGAAAAAAAGGGAGGGCUAUAAAAAUUAUGCGUUCCUGGGAAUGUUCAGAUAACUUUAAAAAUAAAGACUUAACUCUGAUCAUGGAACUUAAAGAUACAAAAAGCAAAUUUGUAUAUCCAUCACUUCAGUCUCAAUUAUGUCAUAUAUCUGUAAGAGUCUGUUCUUAAAGAACUACCUCCAUUACCAACAACUGUAUCAUUUAGUGUUCAGCCACAGAAACACAAUAGUGUUCUGGACUCAAGUCAUACAGAAAACUAGUGAAAUUAUAUGUACACGUGUGUGAACACAUAUAUACAUACGCACACAUAAAAAGGCAUUUAUUACAAGGAAUUUGUUUAUACACUUGUGGGGCCUGGAUAGGCAAAAAUGAGAUUCCUAGGACAGGUCCUUUGAAGGACAGAUUGAAACUCUGGCAGGAGAGAAAGCUGCUGUGACAGGUGAGAUUUCUUUCCUACUGGGAAUGCUGUAUCUUUACUCUCAAGUCUCCAAUCAUUGCAUCAGCCCCACCUAGAUUACUGAGGUUAAUCUCUUUACUUAAAUCCAACUGAUUCUAUAACUCAAUCCAUCCACAAAAUAUCUUCACGGCAACACCUAGAUUAUUUUUUUUAAUAACUGGAGUAUAGACUAGCCAAGAUGACACUUAAACCCCACUAUCAAUGAUGGAAAGAAAUAUGUUUCAGUAAGAGCUGAGGAAACAGGAAAAAUACAACGUAAGGAUAUCCAUAUAUUAUAAAUGUCAUCGAGCCUAAAAAAUGAAAAGUUUUAAACAUUAUAGAGAACAAAAUGUAUAUAUGUAAACUAGAGAGCACAGGUUCUAAGUCAUAUUUGGAAUGAUAUAUUAAGGGUAUGGUUCUGGGCAAAGAUAUGCUAACGGCCAACUUCUACUUCUGUAAUCUGCUUGCUUGUUUGAUGAUUAACUAGGGUGUGGUUAAUCUGUUUGCUUGUUUGAUGAUUAACUAGGGUGUGACUAGGCUUUAUAAGCUGCCUCUUUUGGGAGCUCGAGGCUGAUCUCCUCAAACUCUGCAUGUAGAGUAUCAGUCGCCGGCCUGGCCGGCUAAUAAAGGCUCAUAAUUCAUCUCAAUUGGCUCCGUGGGUCUUAGAAUUGAUCGCGCCACAACAUUAUAAUAGAUAUAAAACUGCCUCGUGGGAUCUGUACUUCUUCUUAAUCUGAUUACUUCAAAUUUCUAAUUGUGUUAAAUAUUUAAUGAAAAGAUUACAUAGAAGGGUAUUUAGUAAACAGGUGGGUCACCCUGGGCAUUGAUAAGCCUUGUUUCCUCCUGGAGAGCUGCUCAGUUGCCCACCUGUCAUCUCUAUGGAAUCCAGGUAUCUUGUCCCAAGAUGGGUUUGAACAGCACGACAAGUGGCAGACCACAAAAAGAAACCUGGAAAGUCAGAACUGUUUACAAUCAGAGUCAAAAAGAUAUCCUCCAAAAAUGGUUUGAACAUAACCCUUACCCGGAUACAGCUACGAGGAGACAGCUGGCCAAGGAGAUUGGCAUUCCAGAGUAUAACAUUCAGAUUUGGUUUAAAAACCAGAGAACAAAACGGAGACUAUUGGGAUCUGGAUGGUCCUUAGGAAAAGACCAAACUCAGGGACAGGAACAGCACCAGCCUUGGAUUCAAGAAACCUUACCAAAAGAAGCCAGACAAGACCAGACAUCCAUCGCAAGAUCUGAAUCAAACAUUCCAGUUCAAGCUUUUGACAGGAACCAAUUCCCUGAUAUUGCAACCAGGAGAAUACUGGCUAAACAAACAGGCAUUCAGGAAUCAAGAAUUCAGAUGAAGUUUCAAAACCAAAGAUCUCUGCAUCCAGGUCAGAGCAGGAAGCCUGUGAUUUCCUUGGUAGAUGGCCCAAAUGAGACACCAAAUCUGACAGUUCAGCAAAACCAAAUUGACCUGUCCACUGUCUCAGGCUGGUCUCACCAUUUUCCUUCCUCUAAUUCUUUCAGUAAGAACCAAACAGUUCUACCUGCUCUUCUCCCAUCCCAUGUGUCCUUUGUCCCUUGUGUGAGCCAAGGAACAAGUGUCAUGCUGGUGCAGCCCAUGCAAGCUGUGCAAGAAGAGAACUCUCCCUCUUCUCUGGCACUUACAAAUUACCUGCCAAUACCACUGACUCCAGGAGGGGACCUCUCCAAUAUUCACGCUUCUUUCUGGCCCCAAAACCAAGAAAAAUGCCAGAAUCACAAAGAACAGAUGGGCACAGUAUUGCAGUGGAAGGACUAUUCUCAUCCUCAUCUGGAGCGCAGAAAACACCAAUUGCAGGAUCUGGGUCAGGUGGACUUAUCUUACAUUAUGCAAUGGUGGGAUGAGUGCUGCCAGGCUCUGCUUGCAGAAUGGGAUCCUCAAGAAGGGACAUCCUGAGCCAGACUUAUGGCCACAGUCAGCUGGAGAACCAUCUUAUCCCCUUGGUCAACUGCACCAGUAUGUACAAACCUCAAGCCUCUAGGUCUACUCUUGCAGUCCACAGAUUUUCAGGAAAAGGUACAACCUCUUCUGAGUCUUAUCCUGAUCCAUAGGAAAAGUACAUUCCAGGACCCCAACUGUGCCUCAGUGAGGAAGAUUUUCAGGCUCUGCUCCACAUGAUGCAAAGGACAAUGAACAACGAAGUUAUCCUGUUUAGAUUAAUGCAGGGAGGAGAAACCACUUGGAAAUCCAAAUAAAGGUUUUACUCCGUGCUGUGGGCAGGGGUUUAUCUUCUGUACUCACUUUACUGAAUAAAGGAUUGCCUCCAAGCUCCAUACUGCCUCUGGAAGCACCAUGGGCACUAGGCAGUGGACACAUCGGCUGAAUCCUUAUGAACAAAAGCAUUUUACUGACAAAUAUGACCUCUUUCAAGUAAUCAUCAUGUCCUCCAGCAUCUAGAAAAUCUACAAAUUGUAACUGAACCAAGGUAAGAACAGGUCUACAAGGAACACUUCAGCACUUCUUUCCCUGGGGCAAGAUGGGAAGACAAACUUGAAAUUAGUUUGUUGUGUAGAAAAUAAAAGGAUGCUAUAUUUCCUGAUAAUGUAAAUUCAUCAAGAGAGCUUUCUCUCAAAGUUCUGAGAGUUUGAAUUGAGAACUAAAAACUAAAAAGAAUGAUUAGAUGAAUUAGAAUAAAGCCAUAAUACUAAGCAUUUUCACUUAUAAACUUUUUUCCUUUGACUAUUUAAAACACAAAAAAUAUAAGGAAAAUAAAAUGGCAACACCAUACAGUCACUGAAUAUAAUCUAAUCAUGUUACUAUUUCCACUCUUACGUUUUUGAUAUGUAUUUACCUGUAUGUACAAACACAUACAUAUCCAUAAAAUUCUUCAUUUUGUUAUAAAUUAUAUGUCAGUCUAAAGCCUAGGAUUACCAUUCUCAUUCUUUUCCCUUCUUUUGAAAUGGUAGCUUCUAAAAAUAGGUUUUGGUGUCCGAAGAUGUAUGUGGGUUUACUUUGGUACAAUAAAAAGUAUCUUUGAAAAAUA